GCGCAGCAAGAAGCCAAGCCUUGUCUUGCUUCUUGCUCUCUCAUACAGCCUGUGAGUUAGCCAUUCUACUUGCAAGACCACGCUAUCUGUACUCAUAUCAUCGUCUCUAUCGUUUCCAGUCAGAACGGAGAGCGGAGCGCUGCUGGCGUCCCCUUCAUGGUGACGACCCUGUAAUCCGCAACCUGCCGAUUCGACCCUCGUAUCCUCGUGCUUCUCUCCGUGCCUCUUUCCUGCACCGCGACUUCAUCCAAGGACUGUCGUCGAGCGUCUCAGCAAGAAGCUAGUGCGUAGGCACACCAUAGAUGCAUCAGCACACGGCAGCGCGUGACAGCGGCCAACCCGGCGCAGCAGGGCCAGCAGCCGGCCCCCAUGUGCGGUCACCACGUGAUCGACUUCUACAUCAAGCUGCUGCACGACCACUUCGCCCUGGACCGUGCCAGCUUCUACGAGGACCGCUACAACGGGCUGCAGCAGACCGAGGACAAGACUCCCUCCCAGCUGCUUGCCGACAUGCGGCAGUGUGAGCCGCACCUGCACGCCAUGCCUCCGGACAAGUUCGCGAUGGACUUCGUGCACAAGCUGCACCACAAGAUCGUGCCCAACGUCAAGAACCGCUGGGACAUCAUCGCCGUCACCGACUGGUACGGCCGCAUCUCCGACAUCGCCAAGGAUGCCGACAUCGCCUGGGACAACUACCGCCGCGAGCAGCACCGGCGGCACCAUGCCCGCCAGCACUGGCGCCGGGCCCAGCAGCUCCUCAGAGUCCAUGGAAAUGCAGGCGCUGCUGCAGGCCAUUCGCGCGCUCGGACCCAGCGACCGCGCCAAGGUCUCCCACGCGCUGCAGAAGUAGUCAUGGCGCAUCAAGGAUCAGCGCCACGUGCCCCUCGGGCGGCGGUGCCUUCAGCCGCUUGCCCUCGUGGCGGCGGUGCCUUCAGCUGCUCGCCCCCGUGGCGGCAGCCUAUCAGCAGCCGCGCGCCCUCGCGGCGGCGGCGCCUUCAGCUGCUCGCCCUCGUGGCGGCAGCCUGCCUUCGGCCGCUUGCCCUUGUGGCGGCGGCGCCUUCAGCUGCGCGCCCUCGUGGCGGCAGCCUUCCUUCAGUUGCGCGCCCCCGUGGCGGCGGCGCCUUCAGCUGCUCGCCCCCGUGGCGGCAGCCUGCCUUCAGCCGCGCGCCCUCGUGGCGGCGGCGCCUUCAGCUGCUCGCCCCCGUGGCGGCAGCCUGCCUUCGGCCGCUUGCCCUUGUGGCGGCGGCGCCUUCAGCUGCUCGCCCCCGUGGCGGCAGCCUAUCAGCAGCCGCGCGCCCUCGUGGCGGCGGCGCCUUCAGCUGCGCGCCCUCGUGGCGGCAGCCUUCCUUCAGCUGCGCGCCCCCGUGGCGGCGGUGCCUUCAGCUGCUCGCCCCCGUGGCGGCAGCCUUCCUUCAGCUGCGCGCCCUCCUGCGCGCCCUCGUGGCGGCAGCCGGCCUCCAGCCGCGCGCCCUCGUGGCGGCGGCGCCUUCAGCUGCUCGCCCCCGUGGCGGCAGCCUUCCUUCAGCUGCGCGCCCUCGUGGCGGCGGCGCCUUCAGCUGCGCGCCCUCGUGGCGGCGGCGCCUUCAGCUGCGCGCCCCCGUGGCGGCAGCCUUCCUUCAGCUGCGCGCCCCCGUGGCGGUGGCGCCUUCAGCUGCUCGCCCCCGUGGCGGUGGCGCCUUCAGCUGCUCGCCCCCGUGGCGGCAGCCUGCCUUCGGCCGCGCGCCCUCGUGGCGGCGGUGCCUUCAGCUGCUCGCCCCCGUGGCGGCAGCCUAUCAGCAGCCGCGUGCCUCUCAGCCGGCCUCCAGCCGCGCGCCCUCGUGGCGGCGGCGCCUUCAGCUGCUCGCCCCCGUGGCGGCAGCCUUCCUUCAGCUGCGCGCCCUCGUGGCGGCGGCGCCUUCAGCUGCGCGCCCUCGUGGCGGCGGCGCCUUCAGCUGCGCGCCCCCGUGGCAGCAGCCUGCCUCCAGCUGCGCGCCCCCGUGGCGGUGGCGCCUUCAGCUGCUCGCCCCCGUGGCGGUGGCGCCUUCAGCUGCUCGCCCCCGUGGCGGCAGCCUGCCUUCGGCCGCGCGCCCUCGUGGCGGCGGUGCCUUCAGCUGCUCGCCCCCGUGGCGGCAGCCUAUCAGCAGCCGCGUGCCUCUCAGCUGCGCGCCCUCGUGGCGGCAGCCGGCCUCCAGCCGCGCGCCCUCGUGGCGGCGGCGCCUUCAGCUGCUCGCCCCCGUGGCGGCAGCCUUCCUUCAGCUGCGCGCCCUCGUGGCGGCGGCGCCUUCAGCUGCGCGCCCUCGUGGCGGCGGCGCCUUCAGCUGCGCGCCCUCGUGGCGGCAGCCGGCCUCCAGCCGCGCGCCCUCGUGGCGGCGGCGCCUUCAGCUGCUCGCCCCCGUGGCGGCAGCCUUCCUUCAGCUGCGCGCCCUCGUGGCGGCAGCCUUCCUUCAGCUGCGCGCCCCCGUGGCGGUGGCGCCUUCAGCUGCUCGCCCCCGUGGCGGCAGCCUGCCUUCGGCCGCGCGUUCUCGUGGCGGCGGUGCCUUCAGCUGCUCGCCCCCGUGGCGGCAGCCUAUCAGCAGCCGCGUGCCUCUCAGGCGGGCGGUGCCUUCAGCUGCUCGCCCCCGUGGCGGCAGCCUAUCAGCAGCCGCGUGCCUCUCAGGCGGGCGGUGCUUCCAGCUGCGCGCUCUCGUGGCGGCAGCCGGCCUUGAGCCGCUUGCCCUUGUGGCGGCGGCGCCUUCAGCUGCGCGCCCUCGUGGCGGCAGCCGGCCUCCAGCCGCGCGCCCUCGUGGCGGCGGCGCCUUCAGCUGCGCGCCCUCGUGGCGGCAGCGUUCCUUCAGCUGCGCGCCCCCGUGGCAGCGGCGCCUUCAGCUGCUCGCCCCCGUGGCGGCAGCCUGCCUUCAGCCGCUUGCCCUUGUGGCGGCGGCGCCUUCAGCUGCGCGCCCCCGUGGCAGCAGCGUGGACGCCCGCGAUGGCGGUGCAAUGGCGGCGGCGCUGCCCGCCUCCUGGCGGGAGGGCAUCAUCACGCUCAUCUACAAGGGCAAAAGCCUGGACCGCGCCGAGCUGGCGUCCUACCGGCCCAUCACGCUGCUCAAAUGCGACUUCAAGAUGGUGUCCAAGGCUGUCAGCGCCCGCCUGCAGCCUGCCCUGGAUGCAGUUGUGGAUGAGCUGCAGACCGCGUUCAUCACCGGCCGCUGGAUUGGAGACAACGCGCUGUACCUCCAAGGCCUGAUCGAAUGGAUGCGCCUGGACGUGGGCGCGGACGGCACGCCACGGCAGGGUGGUGCGCUGUACUUCUUGGACAUUGAAAAGGCGUAUGACCGGGUGCACCGGCAGUGGCUAUAUGCGUCCGCGGAGGGACUUGGGUUUGGGCCGCGCAUGCUGCGCUGGAUCCGCCUGCUCACUGCCAACGGCUCUGCCCGCGUGUGUGUGAACGGGAUGCUCUCUGACGCCUUCCCAGUGCUGAACGGCUUGCCGCAGGGCAGCACCGCCUCUCCACCCCUGUGGGUCAUCCAGAUGAAAUAGAAAUAGAAAUAGAGACACCCUGCCGUAGGCAAGUGGUGUGAAUUAAGGGAGUGGGGGGAGAUGAGGAGGUGGGCCAGGCCCGCCUCCUGUACGCCCCCACUACCGAGCAUGUGAAGGCGGGCGUGCAGGCCAGGCCUGUACCCCGCCAGGAUGUUACGUCCCGCCCGGGUCGCCAGGUGGCAGUCCCCGUUCGAGACGCCGUCUGGUCAAGACAAUGUGGUUGAGGGUGGCGACUGCGUGGUCGUGUAGGGUGUCGCAGCACUGCCUGGCUUUGUGGGAAGUGACGCCCAGGGAGGUGAGGAGGGGAUGGAGGUCCUUGCGGAUUGUGCCUGCAAAUCCGAGGCUGAUUGCGCUCUGCGGGGUGUAUUGCACUUUCCAUCCCGCUUCCCGCAGGUCGGCUGCAAGUGCCAGGUGCUGUUGUGCUUUUUCGUGUUGCUUGGCGGCGUGGUUCGUGUCGGCGGUGUAUCCUGCUUCGAUGAUGUGGAUGGUGUCGCGUCCGCUGGGAAACACGACAAAGUCUGGGUUUAGGGCUGCGGCGAGGGAGAUGGAAGGGAUUAGUAGGAUGUCGGGGCGGUAAUGUAGGUGGCGUCCUGCUGGUUUGCCCUCCUGGUCGGGGAGCAGCCACGGCGGCAGGCGGUUGUCAGCCGCGUAGUCUGGCAGAUCGGCUUUAGACGUGGCGUCCAUUACCAUGUAGCAGCCGCCGCAGUCACCAUGGGAGAUGGCUCGUGCGAUGGUCUGGACUGCAAUGUUGUGUCGUUUAAUGUACAUUGCACGGAGUUGGGGGUUGUGGCAGCCUCCCAGUAUAUGGCCACCGGAGUCGGGUCCGCGACAGAGUGGGCAUGGGGCGGGGGUAUCGGGGCCAGCGCGGGGGGCUCGGCGGCCUGUGACUGUGCAGCCGAAACGGGCUGCGAGUUUAUUGUUCCACAGCUGUCCGUACAGAUAGUCCAUGCAGCGUUUGGCCUUGCGGUGCCGGCCUGAUUGCAGGUUCAUGGUUCGGGUGCUGGAUUUGAUAUCCAGGUCUGGGAUGGCGUUGGCAACGAAGCCAGUGUAGAGGGUUUCGCGGGUGUGGCCUUGGGCGAUGUGCGGGGCCGCGAGCGUGGCGAUGCCGCGGUUGAGGUCAUGCGCGUAGUGCCCUUCGUUCUUCUCUCGUGGCACCCCUUCCACAGUCGGUUUCAUAGUUUUACGUAUCCAGUAGUAUUUGCUACGCGGGUCGUUAUCGGAUUCCUCGACCAGCCACUCGGCCCCGGGCAUCUGUUCUCCCUUGGCGGUUUUCACCGCCGCCUGAUCUGCGAGUUCAUUGUGCGCAAUCCCUGAAUGUGCUUUGACCUUGAGGAGAUUAGUCCGGCGGCCGGCGUGGGAGCGGCGUUUCAGGAGCGCGAGGAUGUUAUCCAGCAGCGCUUUGUGUUUGCUGAAGGUGAGGAGUUGGGGCUGGUUGAUUGUUUUGCGGAUGAGGAACAGCGACGCAGCGGAGUCAGUGUAUACUGUGACUUCGGGGAGCGCUUGCACUUCGUCUAGCUUGAGCACUUGGUGUAUGGCCGAGAGCUCGCAGCGUGUGAUGGUGUUACAGCCGUGUUGCCCAGGGUUGACGUCGAUUUGAUAGCAG